AAAAUGGGGUUUGCUUAGUUUAAAGUUGGCACCUGGCAGCAAGUAGUAGUAACAAUUUAGGAUUGUGGUGUGUUGUUGUUGUUGUAGCUAUCAGUAGGUGAAUCCAAAACCCUAGCCCUCACUCUCACCACCAUUUUUUCAAUUCUUGAGCUAUGUUUCAGGGAUAAUAGGGCAGGGAUGUACAAAGAACGAGAGCGAGGUGGUGUUUCCGUUUCCGCCUCUAAAUCCGAGGAUCGGAAGCGAAUCAACGACGUUCUCGAUAAGCACUUGGAACGAUCCUCUCCUUCCACUUCCCGCCCCAUCAACACCGCUUCCAAGAAUUCCAACCUCCAAGUGGAGGAAUCUGAGACGGAGAGUGAAGAGUCUGAUGUUAGUGGCUCUGAUGGGGAUGACACCUCUUGGAUCUCGUGGUUCUGUAAUCUAAGAGGGAAUGAGUUCUUUUGUGAGGUGGAUGAUGAUUACAUACAGGAUGACUUUAACCUCUGUGGAUUGAGCAGUCAAGUGCCCUACUUUGAUUAUGCCCUUGAUUUGAUUCUCGACGUUGAGUCAUCCCAUGGUGACAUGUUCACGGAGGAACAGAAUGAGUUGAUUGAAUCGGCGGCGGAAAUGCUUUAUGGUAUGAUUCAUGCUCGAUAUGUGUUGACCAGCAAAGGAAUGGCUGCCAUGCUUGACAAAUACAAGAGCUAUGAUUUUGGUAGAUGCCCAAGAGUUUACUGCUCUGGACAGCCCUGCCUUCCAGUUGGUCAAUCGGACAUUCCUAGGUCAAGUACUGUGAAAAUAUACUGCCCUAGGUGUGAAGAUCUUUACUAUCCGCGUUCCAAGUAUCAAGGCAACAUUGAUGGAGCUUACUUUGGAACAACAUUUCCACACCUCUUCUUGAUGACUUAUGGACAACUGAAGCCACAGAAACCAGCACAAGGCUAUGUUCCGAGAGUUUUUGGGUUCAAAGUUCACAAGCCAUAAAGCCGAAGUUGAAGCUUUCAUGAAAGUAAAAAUCUCCCCGUGUCUCAUUUAACUCUUCUUAUGGUUCUCUUUGCAACAACAGGCGAAUCAUAUGCUUUCCAAACCAGUACAAUCUAGGCAUCUGUUUUACUUGUUAUAGGAGCUUGUUGUAAAGAAAUAUGCAGACAUGUGAAGCAAGUGCUUAGUUUCAGCUUCUGAUUCAAUGAGCAAGUGCUUAGGUACUCGAUGGUACUUCUUAAUGGCUUUUUACAAAUUGUAUUCUUGCAAUUAACUUAAUAUUGUCUAUGGUUAUGUCUCGAAUUACAAAUACCCUGCUAUUUUUAUAUUGUUUUAUUCCAUUUCUCCCCAUUUCUGUAGCCUUUGAAUUUGUGGAUUUGAUGCCAAUGAAUUCAUACAUUAAUGAUUUCCAAGUUCAGUUGCUUGGAUGUUAUACUCAGCUAUCCAACAUUAUUGAUUAUAUGGAAUAUGAAUGCAC